GAGCGCAGCGCAGACCAAGUUCGACAAUUCCAUCGAGGCGCUGCCUUUUUCCGAGGCCAUCUUGACUCCUCUGGUGAAGUCCAUGGGCCGGCGCUGCAAGGACACGGGGAACAUGCGAAGUUCAUGCCCAGACGCCGCGGUGGGGCGCCGGGACUUCGGGCCA